AUGAUUGUCAUAGAAGUCUUUGCUGGGAGUAUGGUGUCCUCGAAUAUCAGAGACCUUUUGACAGCAUUUAGUCCUUCACUGGACUACUUAGCAAUCAGUUCGGGAGAUGGUCGAAUAAAGAUUUGGGAUACAUUACAGGGCCAGGUGCAGACUGAGUUUGCAGACAUAACAUCAAGUGAUGGAAAUUUGUAUGAUAAACCUGAAAGAGGACACCUUUCGGUUGAUUAUAAAUGCAUGAAGUGGUUGUCUUUGGAUAGGAAGAAAAAAAGGAAGCUAGGAAGUUCAUUAUUAGUGUUAGGAACGGGCAGCGGUGACAUUUUGGCACUUGAUGUGUCUGCUGGUCAAUUGAAGUGGAGUGUUAGCGAUUGCCAUCCUGGGGGUGUCACUGCUGUUUCAUUUUGCACACAUGAUUCGUGCAUUUACACUUCAGGCGCUGAUGGAAUGAUUUGCAGAACUGAUCCACAUACAGGAAAUAUGUUUGGGAAGUUUAGAGCUUCUACAAAGGCGAUAGCCUGCAUGUCUGUUUCAUCAGAUGGGAAGAUAUUAGCAACUGCUGCUGCGCAAUUGAAAAUUUUCAAUUGCUCUGACCACAAAAAGAUGCAGAAGUUUUCUGGUCAUCCUGGAGCUGUUCGCUUCAUGGUCUUUACUGAUGAUGGCAAAUACAUUCUCUCUUCCGCUGCUGGCGAAAGAUAUAUUGCACUGUGGAGAAUAGAUGGUGGCAAACGGCAGUCAGCAAGCUGUGUUCUUGCGAUGGAGCACCCUGCUGUAUUCAUUGAUAGUAGGUGCUUGGAAAAUGAGGGAGUUGACGACGCAGGCUUAUAUGUUUUGGCCAUUUCAGAAACUGGUGUUUGUUACACAUGGUGCGGAAAAAAUAUUGAGGAAUUACGCAAUUCCAAACCCACAAAAAUCUUACUAUCUUCUGAAGAAUUUCCCAAAAAUCACAAGGGUGCAUUACCGACAAUAUUGGCCGCAAAAUUACAAGGCACUGCCAAACUUUCAGCAACAAAUGUGUUUAUUGCCUAUGGUUUGCUUGUAAAGCCUUUAUUUCAGAAAAUAUUAGUGCAUUCUGGGACAGACAUAAAGUUAAAUAGCUCUCAGGAUGGAGUUCUUCUACCACUGAGUCAGUCUCUCAGCAAAUCUAAGAAAGGCAGAGAUGUACAAAAUCGAGUUACUGCAUUAGACUGUGCCAAUGUGGAAGAUGCCUUGCUUCCUAUUCCAAAAGUUUAUGAUCUUCAUGAGAAGAAGAUGAGAAAUAGGAAUAUCAUUGACCAUGAUGAGGUAAUGACAGAGUCUGUUGAGAGCAAAGAUUUCAUGGUAGAGGUUGAUGCUGCAACAACUAGCAUGGAGAAGCAGUUGAGACUAUUAAACAUACUCUGUAGUAAAGAUGAUGGUAAAUUGAUCCCAACUCUUGAUUCUGCGACACUUCAGGAUAUUGAUCUUGAAGUCAAUAUCCCACAAAAGAAGAUGAGGACAGUGGUUUUGUCUAUGGGACCUAGCAACGCAUACAAGUUACUGGAAGUCUUGGUGUCCAUGUGGCAAUCCAGGUCAAACAGUGGAAAGUGCGUUUUACCAUGGAUAUACUGUAUAUUGGUCAACCAUGGUCAUUAUAUUGUGGCUCAAGAAAAACCGGAGACCCAGAUACUUAAUUCCUUAUUAAAGAUCACCAAAUCAAGGGCGGUGGCUGUUCAACCUUUGUUGAAAUUAGCAGGUCGUUUGCAGCUUGUAACAACACAGUUUGACAAGGCUGCGCUGAGUAAAAACUCUAUCUCAUUGCAUAAUGACCAAAUGGAUGAUAAUGAGGAUGAUGACGAUGUUGAUGAACGUCUUUAUGGGGAAGAAGAUGAUGAAUCCCAGUUAAGUAGUGAUGAUGAUAGCUAG